AUGGGUUUAACCGAUAAGUUGAAAGGAAUUAAAAAGGAUGACGUUGACAACUACAAUGAACAAGCUGGUAAAUUUGCUGGUGGAAAAGAUGGUCAAAAGGGAACUGACAUAGCUCAAGAAAAGUACAAGGAAUACCAACAAAACAAGAGCUCUAGCACUGGUACCGGUUCUGGUUCUGGUUCUGGUUCUGGUUCUGGUUCUGGUUCUGGUUCUGGUUCUGGUACUACUGCAGGUACUGGUGCCGCAGGUGCUGGUGCCGGAGCUACUGGAGGGUAUGGUGCAGGUUCAUCAACUUCUGGACAUGGUAACCACUCGGGUAACACUUCAUCUGGCUACGGAAACCAGUCAGGAUCAACCUCUGGUUAUGGUGACAAAUCUUCAUCUGGUUACGGAAACCAGUCAGGAUCAACCUCUGGUUAUGGUGACAAAUCUUCAUCUGGUUACGGAAACCAAUCUGGUACCACUUCCUCAGGCUAUGGUAACCAAUCAGGAUCUACUACUUCCAAUGCUUAUGGUUCUCAAUCAGGCUACGACAACACUUCAUCUGGUCACCAUGGCUCAUCUGGUCACCACGCUGGUACUGCUGCCACUGGAACUGCUGGAGCUGCUGCUUAUGGAUCUUCAAACCAAGGUCAACACGGAACUCACAGCUCUAAAUUAGAUCCAAACAAUGAAUAUGGAUCAGCCAACUACGGAAGUGAGCCAGCUACUACAGGUGCUUACGGUAACCAAAAUGCCACGUCUCAUGGCUAUGGUAAUGAAGACCGCAACCUUUCUUCAGGUCACCAAUCAUCUAAGCACCAUUCUGGCCACCAAGACGCUAGCAAACAUGCCCCAUCAACUACUGAGGGUGGAGCUGCUGGUGCUUAUGACUCCCGCGGAAACACCUCUUCACAAACUGGUUACGGUUCAUCCAACACUGGAUCUAAUGCUUACGGUUCAUCCAACACCGGUUCUGGUGCUUAUGGUUCAUCCCACACUGGUUCUGGUGCUGGUACAUCUGGUGGAUAUGGUGCAGGAUCAUCAACUGGCCACUCAUCCUCAGGCAACCAUGCCUUCAAGACUGGUAACGACGCUUUGGACUCCAAGAUUGCUCAAUUGCCAGAACACUUGCAAAAGGAAGCCCAUAACGAGUUCAACAAGGGUUAUGAAGCUGCCAAGGCUCAAUACAAAUCGUAA